UACAUGGCUGCUGCUCCUGGACUGCAUGGUGCUGCCAGAGCUUGUCACCUUGCGUGACUUGGCCAGCUCGAGCUCCUGUAGUGCUUCCUUGGACGCAUUGCGCACAACGAGCUCGGGCAAGGGGCGCACCAUCAUCCUCUUCCUCCGCAUCCAUAUUGCGCCGACUGUCCCACUUGCUGACUGGAACCGUGGACAUGGAUCUCGGCGCCUUGACGUGCUGCUUCGGCACUACCGACGCUGCCUGGCGACUGCGGGUGCUGCUGAGCAUCAGGCUCUUGCGCUCACUGGCAAAGCUGCUCUUCAUCAUGCUCAGCAGCCCGCCGCCUGCCUUGCCCCCGCUCUUCUUGGGCUCUUUCUUUGCUAGCGUCGCCUUGCCCCCAGUCAGUGUCCCCGAGUUGCCCAUCGCCUUGGACUUUGGACAGCCAGGCGUCCAUCGACGACUGCUUGCGCCGUACUGUGGCCGCAUCUGCCGCUGUCAACUGCACAACCCUGACCUCGUCAUCACCAUCCGUCGGCGACUGCUGUGUUUGCUUUGGUGCAGAUAGCAGCAGUGCCUUGCCUACAUGCAUAGCGGAUGUGUGCAU